UUUUUUUUUAUUAAACUAUGGUCAACGCUGACUGGGAAUCACAACUAAGCGUUCUCGAAAGGAACGUCUAUUUGGACCACUUUAAGAAAGUGGACACUGAUAACAAAGGUAUUGUCUUGCAAGACGAAGCUAUGGAUUUUUUAAGAAAAUCAGAAAUACCCAAUAAUAUCUUGACACAGUUUUGGACAGCAGCAGAUAACGAUAAAAAGGGCUUUUUAACAGCAGAGGAGUUUUGUGUCAUGCUCAAGUUGAUUGCAUGUGCUCAGAAUGGCAUUAUGACAACUGAGCCUAUUCUAGCCACCAAAGCACCUUUGCCUGACUUUAGUGGUAAUACACCAAGAGCUCAAUACAUCUCUCCCCCUUCUCAAGACACGAUUAGUCCUGAAGACCGAUUGAAAUACAUAAAUCUGUUUCAGUCACUUGGACCUGUGAACAAUACACUGAAUGGCGAAAGGGCUAAACAAGCUUUUAUAAGAUCAAAUCUUCCUCCCACUAUCUUACAAGCUAUCUGGAACUUGGCAGAUACACGCAAGUCAGGCUCACUCAAUCAAACAGAAUUCAUUAUUGCCAUGCAUUAUAUAGAGAAUGCCAUGAAGGGCAUGACACAACUUCCGCCAUCUUUACCAUCGAAUAUUUAUGCAUCAGCAACAGGCAGAUCAAUGACUGCUUCACCCCUUGUACGAAGCAAUACUUUGCAAAUAAGCAGUCCUCCUCCUGUUCCUAUGCGUUCUCCAGUCUUUAAAGGAGCUACUAUGACACCAGUCGGCAUUACACCUGAAGAAUACUCUAAAUAUCAAACAUUUUUUCGUCAAUUGGAUACAGAUCAAUCUGGAUUUGUAACAGGAGCAGAUGCAGUCGUGUUCUUUAAGCAUUCAAAACUACCAGAGUCUGAUCUGGCUCGUAUUUGGGAUCUAGCUGACACAAAUUCAGCAGGUCAAUUAACUGAACAAGAAUUUGCAAUUGCAAUGCAUUUGAUCAACAGACGUAUCGCGGGUGGUGAUAUCCCCAAUUCCUUACCUGCUUUUAAUUCAAUUCCUCAACAACAACAACCAUUCCCUCCUCCAUCUCAACAGCAACAGCAAUUUCCACCUCGUUCACAACAAGAACAAGUGGUAGAUUUGUUAGGAUUGUCGUCUGACUUUACAGGAACUCCUAUGUCUGCUCCUCAACCACAACAAAACACAAGCGAUUUACAAAGAACACAGUCUGUAAUUCAGUCUAGCGUUCAAACUGAAUUGACACGAGCACAAAAUGCUUCAAACCAACUCCAAAAUGAAUCUCAAGCAGUUCAAGAAUUGACAAGGCAAAUUGAAGAGCAAAAAGAAAUCUUGGCCAAAAAGAAGCAGGAAGCUGAUGAAGCAGAACGUCAAUUAGAAGCUCAGAAAAAGAAAAAAGAAGAGCUUACAAAAGAGCUGCAAAUGUACAAACAAGAAGUCAAGCACUUUAAUAGUCGUGUUGAAAACAUCAAGGAAGAGACUGAAAAGCUGCAAAAAGAGAACGCUGAAUUAGAGAAACAGAAAUCAGCAAGUCAACCUGCUUUAGAGAAAAAUUCACAAGACUUUUUCUCAUUGUCAGCAUCUCGUCCUGUAGCAGGUGGAAGUAGUACCAAUCUGUUUGCUAAAAUAGCUGAGGAUACAACAUCACCUAACUCAGGAGCAACAAGUCCACUACAACAACAGACCAAAUUUGAUCCUUUCUCUGGAUUUAAAGCAACUCAAAAUAAGCCAUCAUCACCCACAGUAUCUCUUAACAAGUUAAAGCAAGAAACUGAGAUCAAGAGAACAGGAUCACCCAAUGUGGAUAUCAGUGAUAUUGAGUCCAAGUUUCCUGAUUUGAAUACAAUGGAACAGAAUUUCACUAUGACACCUACUUCACCCUCUUUUGCACAAGAUAAACUACCUACAAGUCCCAAACCUGCAUCAGUUGUAUCGCCUAAAUCAUCAGCUGCUGUGGCUCCCUCUCCUUCUGUGUCUACAAGUAAAAAAGAAAAAUCAAAAUAUGGAUUUGAUCUGUCUGCAUUUGAGCCACCUUCUUCGCCUUUCAGUGGUGGUGACAGUAAGACAUCCAUGAAAGAUGAACUGAGCUCUCUUUUUGGUAGCCCUUCUGUGUCUCAUGCACAAACACCUGCUACACAACAAAACACCAAGACUGGUUUUGAUGAUAUCUUUGGCACUACUACAAACAACAAGUCUUCUUUUGAGGAUAUCUUUAUGCAAAAAUAAAAUAAAAAGAGAGAGAAUGUUUUAGAGUGUAACUCUUUUUUUUUUUUU